AUGUCGACUGCUGCCACCGCUGAGUCGCCUGAGUCGGCUGGCUCGCCCACGCCCACUCCCACCCGCGCCCUGACUCCGAUCCAGGAGCAGGACACUACUGACACCGAGUCAUCCCAAGCCAAGUCAUCCAAGGCAGCUAGCCCGGAUCCGGAUGCCGCUGUCGCUACUAUCAACUUCCACCUCGAUAGCGACAUGGGUGUGGUUGUCCAGAUGCCGGGCGGGAAGACCACGUACAAGGUAUCUUCGUGCUCCAUCGCCAACGCUUCCCCCGUCUGGCGCGCCAUGCUCUACGGCGAGGACACGCGCGUUCAGCCCGACACCGACGACGUGACCAUUGAGCUCGACGGCGACGCGCAGGCCAUUGACGUCCUGUUCCGCAUCGUGCACUACGAUUUCGCAAUGGUACCUACUGAGCCGACUCUGGAUCAGCUCUUCGAGAUCAGCCGCGUUACGUCGCAGUACAAGUGCGUGUCUCUGACCUACCCUUGGGCUAAUAAGUGGCUGUCGCAACUGUCCAACUACCAUGGCGCUGCCGACUGCUACGCCAAUUGCCACAAGGUCGCGUGGAUUGCCUGGGAGUUUGGUGACGCGGAGCUCUUUCAUCACAUGGUCGAUGCACUCAUUGCCAGUUGCAAGAUGGGCGCCGAUGGCAAGCUUGUCAACAUCUCCGGAGCCCUCUUAGAACAGAUGGCACUCCCCGCUGGCAUGCUAGACAUUGUCACUUCCAUGCGUACUGAGACCAUUACCAAGAUCCUUGCUGGGGUUAACGCGCCUCUGCAGCAGAUAUCUUCAGGCCAGGGAGAGACUGGUGUAAUGUACUGCAAGGUUCGCAAGGAUCCCCGAGAGUGCGAGGCCAUGAUGCUCGGUUCCGCCAUUCCGGCUUUGCUGAGAGCCCAUCUCUACCCAGUCCCGGAUGCCUCGGCCUUCACCGAAAGCAUCCUUGAGCUCAAGGACAAGCUUCACGCCAUCAAGACGCUUCCCUACGUCGGACGAGACUGGAAGCCCCAUACCAGUCAUGAUCAUUGCAAUCUUGGAUUCCGCGACACGGUUGAUAAGUGUCUGAAGGAGAUGCCGCGCUCGCUGGGCGACGACUACCUGCUCAACCUGUCCAAGCAGGCGAAGCUCUCGGGCGUCGACAACCACAACUACCUCGACGAUUACAAACUUCGAGCCUCUCGCAAGAGUAUCAGCGAGUCAAAGUUUAAGGACUCGGUCUCGAAGGACAGCCCCAAGACUGAUGGCAAAGCCAAGAGCACCGCGAGCAAGGAUCUCUCCGACACCCAUGAGUCAGUCAGUGCGGCCGAUGAUGCGAGCAAGGUCACCAUCAAGGAGGAGCCCGAGGACGGCGACGCUUAG